AUGAACAUGUCCCUUUUUCUGCUUUCCCGAAAACAUGGCAUGGACGUAGCCGCAUAUACACUUCCGAGUCCUACCACUCCUCGUCAAGCAUACUGUACGACCGUAAAUCAGCUCUUCAUCUGCACCUGCCCUCGUAAACCCACAUUCUCGAUCAUUAUCAACCCCAGAAGCGUCACAUUUGCGCCCUUCGGCGUGUAUUUUUCAGGCAGAGGAAGAAAAGAAUGUGAUUGGGCUCACUCAAUAUGUCAAUACCUGCAAACAAACCUCAGUUUUGAGCUCCAGAACAAUAUUUUCGCAUCUAAUUGGUUCCUCAUGCUCUGUAUGUCAGAAAUGGAUGGAUUGGGUGACCUGAAUUCGGAUGACCUUUGGGGAUUGAUGCUCCUGCACAACACAUGUAAACAACUCUAA